CGGACGCCAUCUUUGUUUUCAACUUGAUUUGUUUUAUUUGCCGGGACUACUUUGAUAAUUUCCACCAAGUUUGCUUUUUCUGACCCCUGAGACGACGGAAGUCUGUCAUCUUUUCGGAUUUCAAGUGUCCAGUUAUAUCUUCCUCACAACUAAAGACGUGAACGUGGUCGUGUUAGCAAUCACUACAUUGCCCUAAAUUCGCCACCCAAGAAAUAUCAAUGCACGUAUAGAAAGUGAUGCGCUGGGAUAUCACAGUUUGUGUUAAUCCGCUCAGUAUUUGUGCAGAGGUAUUCAAAUGUUUUCAACUGUCAGACAAACGAUUUGAUGUAUUUGUAAACACUGUGCCGUUGCUGUGUGGGCAGGUUCGUUGAUGUUUUAUGGUUUCCAAGAGACAUCAGGUAGUUUCCCGCCCCUAGACCCUCCGUAGUGAUUUCACCAGCAAGCAGAUUACCUAUCACCUUCAUGCGCGUCUAGACGAUGAAACCUAUUCGACCUGGAAUGAACCUGCGAUAAAGGACACCAUCACAUAAUAAAUCAACUUUCGGAUUUAUAAAACAUUAAUUGAGAAAUAGUAAACAUUUUCUAACCUGUAUUUUUUUACUGAUUUUUCUCCAGUUCUUACGCGUUGGAAUGUGUAUGAUAUAAAGGACAUUUCACCAACAUUUUCUCUGUUGAUCUUUAUAUGAAUAAAUUUCGACGGAUUUCGUCCGAAUUUCGCCAAGUUUCACUGAAAAUCGAAUGAUACUUAGGGCUGAUUGCGAAGUCUGUCAACUGCCAAUCAUUUGACCAGAGCAAGGAUCAUUACCUUCACAUCAAAAGCAAUUGCAGACUUAUCUUGACUGAGCAUAGCCACUUUCAGGAUGGGAAAGGGACGUGCCACCACAUGUGCUUGUGUGUGUAAGAUAGACAAGGGCUUCCUGACACCAAACGGGAUCUUAAAGAUCAUAGAAACGGUUAUCAACAUCAUCUGCCUGAUCCUUACAGCAGAUACGAAAUACUGGAGCGCCGGUUGUAUCCAAGGCUAUUCCUUUCAAAGUAUACAGACCGCUACCGAUCUGCAGAAUUACAUUAACUCAUGUAAUUCGACAAGAGAAUUCGCCUUAGCAACAGCGGCCAUUUUCUUUGUGUUGACGCUGCUGCUCUUCCUGUUGUUUUUGUUCUGCGUCCCUGACAUGGCGGGUGGGAGGAAAGUAUGGAAUAUAAUCGACUUGGUCCAUGAUGUCAUAGCCAUGAUUUUCUACCUCGUCUCGUUCAUCUUGGCUUGCGUGUAUGCGUAUGGCGUUGGCGGUAUGAUAGCUCUUGCGAUCUUCUGCCUGCUGAACCUCAUCGCUUACAUCAUCAGUUUAGUCUUCGCCGUGAUGGACCUGAAGGGAAAGACGGUGGUCAAAGUCACCACGACAUAAGCAAACAUUCUACCUGAACUAAGGUCACGCAUCUGUAACCAAGUUUUAAGCAAUUUUCCUCAUAAACCGGUACUAUCACAAGCUCAUAACUUUGAUUGAGCUGAUUGGUUCAAUAGAGGUGUGUGACCUUAAGUUGCUGAAUAUAUUAUAGGGUAUGGAAGACAUGUACAUAUUAACUGUAAAAAACAUAGAGAUUUUCAGUGGACUUCCUUCCGGUUUGUCUCUUGUAGCGGUAUUUGAGAUGAUGCGCUGAAUCAACCUGUGUCAUCUCUGCUCUGCAGAGGCUCUAUCCAUGGCGCAUGAUGUCUCCAAGACGAACCGGAAACAUUAUAAUGUGUAAGUCUCUCACCUGAAGGCAGCACUAGUAACUGGGCAAGUGUUCCCGAUGCUUUUAUAUGUUUUAUACCGGUUUUUAUUUCGUAGAGUAGAGACACCUAUAGAGGACACUGCUUCCGUUAGAGUUGAAUCACACGCAUGAUUUAAAAUGUGUUGUCUAAAGUGAACAUUUACGUAUACCUAGUCGUACAUAUGCAGAAGUCGAAACCUCGCUAAUAUAUAUGAAUAAUAUCCCGACAUUCGUACAACCUAGGUUUUAUCCUUAUACACCCGCGAACAUACCUUAUUUGGCUUAAUAGAUUAACAAAGUAAGGAAUCAAACAUUUUGCUGUAAAGUCGUCAAGGAGCCGUCACUGGUCGCGGACAACAUUGAAAGCCAAAGCACUGACAACUGUAAAGGUCGCAACGGCACCUGAGCGAUCAACUUUCAACACCAUUCGAUCGCCGCGCCAUCUCCGGGCAAGUUGUAGAACUGGAAUGAGUUCGCAACUAUUUCAGGUUCUUUUCAGUUCUAAGCUCUACCUGGAGAUGGCGUGAUGAUCGGACCACCAGAAAAACACGCCCUACUGUAAAAUCAUGAAAUGAUCAGGGCCCGUUACGGCCGCCGGUGAUUAUGGGACAUGUUGGGGUUAAUAAUUUUGACGGCAAAGUUUUGGCAGGCACUUGUGAGUUGUUCUGAACUUCUCUAGUUACACCUCAAGAUAAAACUUCGUUGUUUAUACUUACUAAGUAGGCCAACUCAUAGUUUUUGACGUUUUCGUCAAACUGCAGGCUAAAAACUCUUGGCCAUGCAAGCACAACUACUGUUGAAUGUACUGUGGGCAAGACCAGACCAUGAAUAUUCAUACACUACAACAGGACCUGUUUACACAUAUAAAAACAAUGUAUCACUCCACAAAGAAGUCUUUAUCUUGUACACCUGUUAAAUACAUAUCAAAUUAAUUUUCAGACGAAUAUAUAAUCGAUAUUGGGUU